AUGCCGGCUACUCCAGCGCUGUACGGUGUUUUCUCUCGAAGCAUCGCAAAUGCUACAUCAACAAGCUCAGUCGUCAACGGUACUAGGCAAACACUAGACGUCGUGUGUGCUUGGCCAGUCUCCUCACAAUACGGCGCUGGAUCGCGGUUCUUAUACUACGUCCUGGUAGCCACCUGCGUGUUUCUACGAAAACAUGAAUGGCUAAGAAAUGCUUGUCUUGCGGCUGCAUUGGUGGUGCCCUCGAUUAGUGCGCUUCAUGGCAUCGUGCUCACGUCCUACCAUGUGAAUGGCGCAGUGGAUCUAGACAUCUACGGAGCCUGGCAGAUCUGCUCAAUCGCUGUGAUCGCAGUGCCAUUCACACUUCGAAGAUCACGAACGUACUUCUACGAUGCUGGACGAAACAUCAUCUUUCUGUGGACCAUGCUCUUGAUCGCCGGCCUUAUAGCUUUGUGCGUGGAGUUUUCAAGAGUAACAGUCACCGACUGCAGCCACAAGGCGGCUGAUGUUCCGUUACUGACUGUAGCCAACUUCUCUUAUGGAGACACGACGUGUGGUUUGACAUGCUCGGAAGACGAAGGCCCCUUCUCACCUAUGCGAGGGGGGGCUGCGAAGAAUAUCUAUGUCAUCCCAGUGCCUAGCAAAUUGAGCUUCAACGCUGCUAUGCUCAUUGCUGCGGGUGUUUGCAUCCCAGCCAUCCUGAGUUUGAUCUUCACUUGGGAUAAGAUUCUCGAGAUCAACUGGAAGAACCGACGAGAACCUGAACAACCAGAUGAACAAAUCGAAGGUGUGAACAUCACUCGCGGUGAGAUCAAAGGUAUCAACAACAAGGUCAGGCUUUUCUUGAGCGUGAUCGAGAUGCCAUUGUUCGGUGGAGCAGUAGUCGCCAUCCUCAUUGGCGGUGAACUUAACUUCUUCAGUAAGCAACUGAUGUAUCAGACCGAACCCAUGGCUUCGAUUGGGCAAUGGUCGCCCAUUGCAGGUACUGUGAUGGCGGCACUAGGCUCCUUAUACAUCGUGUGGGCCACAGAUGGGGACAUCAUCAUCUAUGACAAGCCGAAAGUUCCAAGAUCAACGUCUUCGCAAUCCGACCAUAGUGGACGGCCCCCGCUUCCACGAGGGCGUUCUUCAACCGCUCAGUAUUCGCCCACGAGGACAGAGCAGUUUUUGCGCCAUUCGAGCGACCCAAAUGCCCUUCAGACAAUACCAACGAUCACUGAGCCAGGUCGUGGAUCCAGUCCGGACGAACAUAUCGAGCGUGUUCCCGUUCGCGCCGAUACAGCCAAGUCCGAGUCCAACGCAGGGCGAGGUAAAGUACGAAAAUGGUUUGAAAAAGCCGGCGUCUACAUGAGUGACGCUGCACACCGAGAACUAGAUGUCUCUGACUACCGCGACGAGAAGGCACGCAGAUACCCCUGGAUUCCAGGCGAGGAACUCAAGAACAAGGACAUCCAUCGUACGAGUACCAACUACGACAAGAACAGAGCAGCCAGUUACGCAUCUAGCAUCAGAUCUGCGCGCGAAGCUGAAGGCCGUUCCACUCCACCAGCAGAGACAUCGCCGCAACCAGACGCAAGUCCAGACGCCAUCAGCGUAGCCCCACGACGUUGGUCCACGCUUGAGGUUCCACCUCUUGUACACCAUAGCCCUAAAGUCCCACAACGUGAGUGGAGUGGAAGUGGUUAA